GUUGCUGUCCGAAUAAAUACUUGACUUCACGGCGUCUCUGGCCAACAUGGCGACGAGGGUGGGACCGUUCGGGCAGAGGCAAUGACCAAGCCCGAGGAAACGGCAACGACGCCACGGCAAGCGAGGACAUCAGUGAUGGCCACCACCCUGGGAUCUUUGGCCGAGUCCUGCCCAAACUCUGGCAAUAUCGAUGUCUACCUGGAAAGGUUCGACCUGUAUGCAACCGCCAAUGGAAUAGACUCAAGUAAGAAGUUGCAAGACUUCUUAACAAUCCUGGGUGAAAAGGCUUACGUGACUCUGCGUAGCCUGCUGCUACCGAAAAAACCAACGGAAGUCAAGUACGAAGAAGCUACAGAAGCUCUCCGAAAGCACUAUGCUCUAAAAUGGUCAAUGGUUACCGAACGGUAUCACUUUUACCAGCGAAAGCAAGAGCCGGAUGAAAGCCUAAAACAGUUCAUCGUCGAGCUGAAUAGACUGGCUGAAACGUGCUCGUUUGGAAGCUUUUUGGAAGAAGCGCUCCGCGAUCGACUGAUUGCUGGACUCGGGACGGAUUCGAUUCGAUGCCGUCUUCUUGCUCUGUCAGAAGACGAAGUCACCUGGGAGCGAGUAUGCAAAAUUGCCACCGCCUUGGAAAGAGCCCAGAAAGACACCCGAGAAAUGCUACCGGAGGGGUCAACCGCCGGUCCUGCCGACGUUUACUGGCAUCGGGAGCCUACCACGCAAGGCAGGCGACACGCGACGAAGACCGCUAGCAGCGAGCAGCGUGCCCCCCAAAACGGUCCAAGGAAGCAACGUGGGAAAGGCAUUGUUCGCGCCUGUCAUAGAUGCGGUGGACUGCACGCGCCAGUGAGUUGUCCUUUUCUCAAAAGUACCUGCUUCAAAUGCUCGAAACCAGGGCAUGUAGCGAAAAUGUGCAAAACUAAGGUCGUGCACAAAGUUGAGGAGACCUUGCCGUCAACAGACUUGCUGACUGUUAGUACGACUAACCAAGUUCAUAGCUCCCCGCCUAUUGUGCUUAAAGUAAAAGUAAACGGCAAGACGAUUCCGAUGGAACUAGACACGGGAGCAGCUGUGACCAUAAUGUCUGAAAGAGACUUGGAUGAAAAUUUUCCAAACUACCCAUGUUCCAAGGACGAUGUGCGUCUAGGAGUGUAUCAUGGCACUGCACUUAAAGUGAAAGGCGUAGCAAACGUCAAUGUAUCUUAUCAGAACCGAAGCUACGACCUGCCUCUGAUAGUUGCAAAGCAAGAAAAUGAAUCUCGCAUGCCGACGUUUCUAAGUCGCGAUUGGAUGACCACACUAAACGUUGACCUGCAAAAUGCUGUUCAGCAGUUGCAGCGUGACGUGGAUAACGUUCAGGAGGGCAGGCAGAUGGUAGCAGCGGAAGCUGAAAAGAAGUUGAAACAGUUGUACGGUGAUGUGUUUGAGCCUGGCUAUGGUUCUAUCAAAGGAUUCACUGAACUCUGGUUCGGCCGCAUCGAGGCGCAGUUUCGCCGUCGCCGAGUCACAUCUCGGGCGGCCAAGUACGACCACGGCUUGAGUGCGCUUAACCCGAACACUGCAGCUUUGGUCCGCGACAUUUUGCUGGCUCCUCCAUCUGAUGAUCAGUACGAUACCCUUCAGCUGGACUUACUACGGCACAGCACCGACUCUGAGUCGCGACGGGUUCAACAGCUCCUCUCAUCUUAG